AAAAAUGAUUUGAUAUUUUUGAUUUAUCAUUUUUUUUUGUAGAAAAUUUUCCAAAGAUCACCCAAUAUGAAAUUUUUAAUGAAAAAUAAAACAAUUUUUUUAAUUAUUUUAAUCGGUUGUUUAUUACCGAUUGAUGCUUCUGGUUGGUUUUUUUCACCAAAUACAUCGGAAAAUCAAUCAUUAUCAAAUGAUAAUGAUAUCGAUGAUGAUGAUAUUGGUAAUAUUAAUACAAUUGAAGAAGUAGAACCUAUUGAACAAUUUCCAUCAGUUAAUAAUGGUGGUAAUGGACAAGAUCAACAACCACAAGAACAAGAUCAAGAUCAAGAACGAAGAAAUCAUAUGAUGGGUGGAAAUAGUGGUAAUGUUCCAAUGUCAUCAAGUGGUUAUUCGGAAACAGAUCAAAGUCCUUAUAGACAAGAUUCACAUAAUUUUGGUUAUGGAAAUAAUAAUGAUGAACAACCAGAACAAACUUGCGGUGAAAAUCAAUAUGCAUGUCGAAAAGUAAGUCCAAAUCAACCACGUUUACGUUGUAUACCGAAUGAAUGGAAAUGUAAUGGCCUAAGAGAUUGUGAAGAAAAUGAUGAUGAAGAUGACUGUCAUGGUGUUGGUCAAAAUAGUGGUAGUCAACAACAACAACAAUAUGGUAAUAAUGAUUAUAAUCAACCACAAUAUCAUCGUCCACAAGUUGAUCAACAACAACAACAACAGCAACAAUGUUUACCUGGACAACAUACAUGUUAUGGUACAGGUAUACAUAUUAGUAUGCCAUUAAAAUGUUUAGAACGACAAUUUGUUUGUGAUCAACGUGCUGAUUGUCCAUAUGGUGAUGAUGAACGAUCAUGUCCAACAUCACAAGAUUCUUCUUCAAAUCAACAACAACAAAUGUCUGAUAAUGAUCGUUUACGUUAUCCACAACAACCACAUGGUGUUUCCACUGAUGGUGUAUAUCCAUAUCCUGAUCAACAACAACAACCAUCAACAAAUUAUCAAGGAUCUAAUCAACAACAACAUCAAAUAUAUCAACAAUCAUCGAUACCAGAUGCCGCUGAACGACGAAUUGAUAAUCAAUCACCAUCAACUAGUGGUAUUACGCCAAAUGUUGAUAAUACAUGUCGUCAUGGUCGUAGUGAACUUUAUAUAAAACGUUUAGAAUUUUUUGAUCGUUGUGUACGAACUUGUUUACAAUCAAAUCGAUUCAAUUGAUUUUUACAAUUUGAAUCAGAAUCGUGCUCUUUAACCAUCAUCAAGAGAUUAUAAUUUGAAACAACCAACCAAAACAUAACAAAACAAAAUAACAUUGAAAUAAAGAUUUAGUUUUUCUAUA